AUGGCUGACGUGCUGCCCGAAGGCUGGGGAGCCUACCAGGACGAUCAAGGCCGGACGUACUAUGCCAAUGUUUCGACUGGCGAAACCAGCUGGGAGCCUCCAGCUCCUUCUGUCGUGCUUCCGGAGGGCUGGACAGCUCACCAGGAUGACCAGGGUCGGACCUUCUACGCCAACUGCGCCACAGGCGAGUCCAGUUGGGACCCACCAGCGCCCGCACCGGUGCCAGCACCAGCGCCUCCGGCACCGGCGCCCGCUGGGCCGUCGCCUUCGGCAUCGCCUCCUGGGCGCUGGUCCGUGGACUUCACGUACACGAUCGGCCCUGAGGGCUCGGAGCACGUGUUCUCGGGCAAAGUGCAGCUGCUAGACAGAUCAGUGUACACAUCAGUGGGAUCGGUGGUUGAGAGCUUGAACCGUGGAGCACCAGCUGUGCCGGAGGGCUACUGCGUUGUCUUCUCCAACUCCAAGCGAAAUUACUUCUUGCUGUGGCGAGAAGAUAAAGAAGCCGAAGCGUUCGCUUUGUUAGGCAUCGGCACGGAUAGCGGGGACCAGUGGUCCACAUCACAGGUCUUGAGGUUGGACCCCUCUUGGACGGAGGAGUUUUUCGCUGGACGUUGUGACGUGGUUGACAAGGCUCGAUACGACUCGGUCACAGCUGCUGUUGAUGCCUUAAACGCGGGGAUUGUGUUCGAGGGGACGCAAGGUUACUGUGCUGUCUGGUCAACGUCACAGCAGUGCUUCCACCUGGUGUGGCGACAGGACAAAGAGGCGGAGGCCUACGCUGCACUGGGAAUGCGCUGA